AUGAUUGCCUUCAUUAGUGGAAUAAUUUUGAUGAUCAUCCAAGUGAUGGCUAAAAAAUAGAAGGAUUUCUUAUUUGAUUUGAAAGAGGGUAAGUCAAUUUAAGUAGAUCUCUCAACUAAAUCAGAUAAGGAUUAUUGUAUAUUAUAUGUGCGUCCUCAGGAAGAUGAAAAGAAUAGUGAUUUGGGAGAGAUUUAAUUUAAAAGUGCAGAUGAUACAUAUAAAAUUGAAGGAUUUUAUGAAAAUGCAAUAUUUAAAUAGAAAUCAAGUGAGAUUAAUUUAAAAUGUAUUACAUCUCCAUGUAAGGGCAGGAUUACUUUAGUGAAUAGUGAUGUUAUAGAUAUGACAACUUAAUUGUAAGAAUUGAGUUUGAGUUAAAAAUAACCAGCUUUAAUUGUUUAGAUUAUGCUACCAAGUUAAUAUGAUAGAUUAGUGGGAGAAUUUAAAUUAUUGGAUGAUGAAUCAGAUAAAAUAAAAAUAGAAGUGUUUGAUGAUAGGGCAAAGUUAUAUGGAGAUGAAGUUUAAUUAUCAGUGGCAUUAAAUAGUAAGGAUUGUGAAAAGUGCAAAGUAUUAGUUGUGUUAAGUGGAGAUUUGAAUUUUAAAGAAGAAACUACAAUUAGUAGUUAAUUGCAUUUAUAUAAAGAUAUAUAGGAUAUUGAGAUUAAUUAAGAGAUAUAAGAUUAUCUAUUUGAGAGGAAUGAGAAUGUAUAUAGAAUUAAAUUACCAUCAUCAUAUAAUAUAAUCUAAAUUGGUAUUCUUAGUGAUUUAUUACCUAUAAUAAAAGUAACUGAUAAUAAAGAUAGUGAGAUUUUUAAUUCAUAUGAAUCUAUUUAAAUUUAAUAAAAAGGAUAAGCUUAUCAUAUUCAUUUAAGAAAAGCAGAAAUUAAUAAUAAUAAUGAAUUAAUUAUUAGAUUAAACAAAGGAGGACCUUUAAAAUAUUUAUUAGUUGUUAAAAUUUUAGAUGAACCAAUUCUUUAUAAUAAUUAAAUUAUUUUAGCAACUAUUAUAGAAAAAGGAUCUCACAUAUAUUCAUUUAAGACAAGUUAUAGUGAUUAAGAAAUUAAAGUUAAUUUAAAAUACUUUGAAAAAGGAAUGAAUUCUAUAAAAGUAGGAGAGUGUAAUGGAAUAUGCACAACAAAUACAGAAGAUACACAUAAUUUAAGAUUUCAUUAGCAUGAAUAAAAUCCAUCAGUUUUUAUUAGUCCUGAAUGUCCCAGUAAGGAUUAAGAAGGAUUUUGCAGAUUUUAAAUAUAAAUUGUAAGUGAAAUGAAAAAUACUUAUCUUUUAACUACAGUAAAUGAAAUAAAUCGUAAUAUCAUUAAAUCAGAUAUACCAUAUAGUAAUUUUUUAGAAAAGUAAUAAUAAGAAAAUCUAAUUGUUAAAUAUUAACAUCAAGUUGAAGAUGUGGAAUUAAUAUUUACAGUUAAUACACAUAAUAUUAUAUAUAUGAUUAGUAAAGACAGUAGUUGUUAUCCUGUUAGAUAAGAAUGUGCUAAAUUUAUUGGUGGUUCAGAUCAUUUAGUUAUACUAAGAGGAGAUUAAUUAAAACAUACUUAAUUUUAUGUAACUCUAAUUGCCAGAGAAACUACUAUUUAUUAAUUCUAGAUUAAAGUCUAUAAAUAAUCAGAUAUAGAUGUUAAAAUUAUUAAAGAAGAUGAAACUUAUCGUGGAGUAUUAUCAUUUAUAAAUGGAUAAUAAAAAAUUCAUUAUUUUAGAAUUAUCAUAUCAAAUUAAAUUGAUUAAAAUAUUGAAAUUAUUUAAGAUAAGGAUACUUAACCAACUAUUGAAUUUGCUAUUCAUUCAUCAAGAAUGUAAGUGGCACUUCUUUUUAAAAAAGGUAAUUAACUUCCCUCAUUAGAAUAAUAUGAUUUAAUUACUCAAAAUAAUUAUUUAUCCAUUUCACCUCAAAACUAAUUUUAUACAAAUUAAGGAAAUUGUACAAUUGGAAUUCUUAAUAUAUUUGACAAAGUUACAGAUAAGGAAAUUAUGUAUACAUUAACAUACUCAACAAGUAGAACAGUUAAAACUUUACAUAUUGGUUAAUAAUUUGUAGAUAUGGCAUUUGGAAAAAAGAGUAAAUACUUUAGCUUUUAUUAUAGUCGAAAUGCAUCAUCAUUUUAUAUUAGCUUAUAAGGUAAGGAUACAUCAAAAUUAAUUCUCAGAGUAUCUAAUGAAAUCUCAUCAAAUUCUUAAGGGGAAAUAUAUUUUAAAAAAGAGCAUUCAAGUACUUUGUUUUUGGAAUAGCUUCAUUUAAAUAAACUAUGUUUAGAUGGUUUGACAGAAGAAAAUAAGGAAGAGGAAGAUGAUUCAAAUAAAUUGUAGAUUUGCCAAGCUUAUGUAAUAGUGGAAAACAAAGCUUAAGAGGAUAUUUUAUUUUAAUUGAAUAUAUGGAAUCCUGAUGCAAAUAUAGAAAUGAAAGAUGGUUAACAAUACUAAUUUAAUUUAGAGUAUUUAUCAAAAGAAACAUUUUUAUAUUAUAAAAUUAUCUCUAAUGAUACUGAUGUUUAAUUACAUAUUAAUUCACAUUAUGGUUAUACAAGAUAUUAGAUUGAAAUUGUAGAUACAUAGAAUUAACAGGCUGUUUCUUUGUAUGCAAAAGAAGAGUACAAAACAUAACAUUCAAAAAGUAUUUAUAAGAGUGCUUUUGAAUUUUGUGGUAAAAAUUGCUUAUUAAAAAUUUCAUUGGAAGCAAAACAAUAAGAAUAUAACAUAUCAUAAAUAAAUAGAAGUCUAGAUUUUGAUGAUUUGGUGUAUGUGACUGUAACUUAAGAAUUUAUGGAUAUACAAACUGGAAUUCCAAUUUAAAUUUAAGUGAAUUAGCAUUCUCCAAGAAAAUUCAUUUACAGUUAGAUUAAUGAGAUAUCUUAAGAAUCAAAAAUGAAAUUAGUAUUACAUGAAAUUUAUGGGAAAGGAACAAUUUGUUUAUCAUUUAAUGAUGAAGGAAAUUAAGAUUUAGAGACAUGUGAAUUUUAAGUGUUAGGAAAUGUUUUAGAAUUAACUUAAUAAUAAAUAUAAUAGAAAUUGAAUGAAUUAAAACUAAAUCAAAAUGCUUAUAUAAUAAUAAAAGUAUUUUCAUUGGUAAGUACUAGUAAAUUAUAAUUGUCUAUAGAAAUAUAUAAUGAUAAAAAUAAUCAUAAAUUGGUAUUAGGAGUACCUACAAGAAUAAAAAUGAAUGCUUAAGAAGAAUCAUUUUAUUAAUACUUCAAUAUUUAAAGUAAUGAUGAUUUAUACUUUAAAUUUAUUAAAAUGUAAGGAUCAACAUAUAUUGAAGUUAGUAGAUGUUUAGAUGACUCAAAAAUAGCAUGUGAAUCUGAAAUAAUAAUAAAUGAAUAAUUGUUAGCAGGUUAAUCAUAUAGUCAACAUAUUAUACGUAAAUCAGAUAUUAAAAGAUAUUGUGAAUUGUGUACAUAUGUUAUUAAAGUUAAAACUACUGUUAUCUCUUUAGAUUUACUAAUAGUAAUUACUUCAUAAUUAAAUUUUGUUUAAUUACCUUAAAAUAUAGCUUUUACAGAUUUUUUGGAUGGUAUUGAUGAUUACAACAUAUAUCAUUAUUCUUAUGAUACAGAUCAUCAAAUAGAAAUUUAAAUAAAUUAAUAUAAUGGAGAUACUUAGAUGUGGAUAGGAUAUCAUGCAGAUUUGAAUAUAUCCAAUUAUCUUUAUGGACCAUAUAAUACUAUCAAAUAAAUGAAAUUAAUGAAUAAAACAGAAUCUAUUUCUUAUUAUUAAGCUAUCAUACCACCUAGAUAACAUUUAGAGGAAAAUGAUAAAGAUUACAAUAUAACAUAAAUAUAAAUCAAUGGAAAUUAAACUCUUGUAGGUCAUUAUAAUGAUGAUGAUAUAUAUAUUAUAGUUAAGAACAAUUAACAAAAACAAACAAAUUAUUCUAUUAUUGUUACUCAAUCUACAACAGGAAAUGGUUAAUUAUUAUAGGAUGGAAUAAUUACAUCUGCAUAUUUGAGUAAAUUGACACCUACAAUAACAUUCUAUCAUUAAUAAAAAGAUUAGUAGUAAUUAUAACUAUUUGUAAAAGUAAAUCCAUUUGGUAAUUUGAAUAAUUUAUCAUAUGAAGAUUAUUUCAAAAUUGAAAUAUCAAAUGAAACUAAUCCAACUAAUUUUACCAUUAUUCAUGCUUUUUCAAUUCGUAAUAAUUAAUUAACAUAUAUUUUCCCAGUACUUGAAGGUAUGCUUACAAUAAAAAUGCAUAGUUUAUUAGAAAUAUCUGCUAAUGAUUUCAAUCAUAUAGAUUAUUCUUUUAAUCCAAGAGGAGAUAUUGUUCCAAUUCCUAAAUAACCUUAACCUAAACUUUAUUAUUUUUCAAAUAAUUAUUUAAAUAGAAUAGAUAUAUAGAUAAGUAUAGUUGGAUAAGAUGUAUUUAUGAUUAAUCAGAAUUCUAAUCAAAUAGAUAUGAUAGUUGAUUAGAAACCAAAAUAUUAUGAAUCAUAUGUUUAAGGAGAUGGUAAAUUGGCAAUUCAAGUUUAUAAUUGUCUUGGAGAUUUAAAUGUUUCUAUAACUUAAGAUUAUGAUUAAUUUUUGAAGAAUACUUAUAAUGGAACUAAGACAACUUUGGAAGGAUAAUUGACUGAUAUUUUAUUAACAGUAAAACCUGGUCCUAUUUAUUAUUAAUUCUCAUCCAAUAAAAGUGUUUAUAAGUUUACUACUAAAUUAUAUAAUUAAUUUGACAAAAUUCCAUAUGGUUAAUUACUUUUAGGAGGAGAUGGAUAAAUUAAUUAUUUCUUUGGUACUACUGAUCCAGACAUAAUAACUAUUAAAUUCAAACCAAUUAAAUGUGCAGGUUGUGAUAUGUAAUAAGAACAUAAUAGUAUUAUUAAAUAUUAUGUGAAUUGGGGUAGUAGUAUUGAAUAUUCUCAUAUCAUAGGACUAUGUCAAUAUCAUUAAUAUAAUAAUAUAAAUAAAUUAUAAGUAGAACAUUUUGAUUAAAAAGAUGUUGGUAAUUAUUAUUUGAAUUAAACUGAAGAAAUAAUUGUAAAUAUUACAGUAGAUAAAUAAUCAUUACAUAAUUAAUUAUAUAUAUCUAUUAGAGCAUUAGUCAUAUAAUUCAAUAAUAUGCCAGUUGGUGAUUAUGAAUUGUAUUAUCAUAUUGCAGAAAUAGGAUUACCUAAAAAUGCUUUUUAUAUGUAUAAACAUCGUUUUUAUGAAUUUGUGAUUGCUUUAUCUAUUUUGGUUGUGUUUACAUUCAGCAUGUAUUAAAUUAUGAUAUAUAUUUAUUAGGCUUUGUUGUUUGUGUUUUUUUUAUAGAAAAGCUCGUAAUUUGAAGAAAUAGAAUUUAAAUAUGUAAUUGGAAUAGAGGAUGGAAGAUGCUAAAAAGAAAGAAUUAACAGAAGUGCAAGUUGGAUAUGAUUCUUUUUAAGAUGAGAAUAAUGAAUAGUCAAAUUAAUGA